GCCGGCUGCCAAAAAGGAGAGAGACGCGCGGAGGAGAGGAGCUGGAGGCAGGCGGGCUCACUGGAGGGAGCGAUGCUUGUCGGAUUGAGCCUGGGAUGAAUUGUUUCGCUCUUUUUGAUUGAUGGCACAAAAGGCAAAUCAAAAAGCGGCAUCGCGUUCAAAACAACUUUGACCAGGACUUGCUUUUUUUGAAUGGUUUUUGACAAGAGCACCUAAUUUCCGCAUCAACUCCGUCGCCUUGUUUUCUGGAGCGUCGCAUGCGCGGAGGAAGAACGACCUCCCUCGUUGAGCGUCCCCGGUCACCUGCGCUCCUCUGGCGGACUCAGCAGCAGCAGUUCCCGACGUUAGCUGUGAUGUGUGAGCCGCGUUCUUUGGUGGGCUGAAGGCACCGAGCGAAGGAGAGAAAGAGUGAGAGUGGCCCGAGACACCGAGGGGAGGGGGAACCGGGAGCAUGGCUCUGGUACCGCUGUCCCUCUGGGUGCUCACGACUCUCACCUGGGCCAGCCCGCUCCAGGGGUCCGUCAGCAGGCAUUCCAUUUACUGGAACAGCUCCAACAUCCAUCUGCGUCGCGAGGGCUACACCAUGCAAGUGAACGUCAACGACUACCUGGAUAUCUACUGCCCUCACUAUAACGACAGCCAGCGCAUCGUGGGCACCAGCGAGCAGUACGUCCUCUACAUGGUCAGCUACCGCGGCUACCGGAACUGCGACCCCCAGAUGGGCUUCAAGAGGUGGGAGUGCAACCGGCCGCACGCCCCCCACGCCCCCAUCAAAUUCUCGGAGAAGUUCCAGCGCUACAGCGCCUUCUCGCUGGGCUAUGAGUUCCACGUUGGGCAGGAGUACUACUACAUCUCCACGCCGACUCAUCACCACGGCCGCAGCUGCCUGAGACUACGCGUGUACGUCUGUUGCUCCACAGCCUCUGAUGUAGACGAUGAGCCAGAACCAACAGAGGCAGACUACACGCUUAGACCGGGCCUAAAGAUGGACGAUGUUGAUGAAUUCAACCCUUCUGUUCCCAAGCUGGAGAAGAGCGUGAGCGGUAGCAGCCCGUCCCGGGACCGCCUUCUGCUCACCGUCACCACGCUGCUGCUGGCCGUGCUCUUCGUCUCCUAGCAACGGCCAUCGCUUCAGCAUCACCAUGCCCACGAGCCUUCGGAGGGUGGACGGUCCAGCGGUGGGCGGGACAGUGAAGAUGCAGUCUGUGUAUGUGUGUCGUUUGUGUGUGUGAGUGCGUGUGUAUGUGUGUCUGUCCAAAUGUGUGUGUGUGUGUGUGUGUGUGUGUGUGUGUGUGUGUGUGUGUGUGUGUGUGUGUGUGUGUGUGUGUGGGUGGGUGGUUGUUAGUUCAUGCACGCCACACAAAGCAUUUAUAAAAGUGGCAACAUCAGACUGAAAUUAUUAAAUAAUUAUAAAAAGGCAACAAAAAAAAAAUCACACAAAUCCACCCACUCAUACGAUCGGCUGGUUCACUUCCUGUUGGUGCAUUGCCAUAGUUUCACGCAACGGGGCAACUGAACUGAAUCGAAUGGAUUUUUCCUGGGAUACAAUGGGAACAGUGUGGAGAGUUAAGGGACAUUUUUUUUUCUUCCCAAGCAGAAGAUGCUUCAUGAACAUAUCCUGGGACUGUUUUUAUUUUUCGUCAUCUCUACAAGCAGUCAAGCAGUGCGAGGGGAACAUUCGUAAAAAGCAUUUAAAGGUCCGAGGUUAAAGCACACGUGCGCACAGUCGCGGCAGAGCAUCCCCGCAUUUGAGCACUCAGCAAUACCGAGGAGGGAUGAAGGAGUGCGUUGGCGUCGCUGUGCUCGACCACAAUCUGUCUUGCGUGUAUGCGCGGGUGUGUAAGCAAAUGUUAACAUCCCACCAAAUACAUUCACACACUUAACACUUCAUUCAAAUGAUUGAAAAAACAAAACAAAACAAAACAAACUUCAACAUGAAAGUGGGGAGGUUGUGUCUAGCCAAAAGUCAACCACUACUACUACUAUAGCGGGCCGCCGACCAAGGAGAGCGUUGCCAUGGCAACUAGCACCUUAUUUCACCAUGGUUACCACUCCCCUGCCAGACAACCAUUCUGAACUCUAUUUGGGACACCCUGACGAACUCUUUUGCUCUCCCCUUCACAAACCAGAGGCAUGUGAGGCGUUCAGGUGUGCGUGUAAAUGUCAAGACCGGACCGCGAAUGAACAUUUAAAUGUUUUGAAAUGUAAUGAAAGUGUUUGAGUUUUUUUUUCUACAAACUUGAAACUCAGUGUCCUUCAGUGUAGCUUUGGUUUGAUUUUUUUUUUUUUUAAUUAGGGUUUCUGUGACAUGUCUUUGUUAAUAGUGAUGAGAUACGAUGGAGCCAUAUGUCAACUUGGGCUGCAUGCAGACUGGUGAUCGAACCUUGAGAUUGUUUGUGUUUUGCAGAAAUUUCAUUUCGAUCCGAUUGUUCGAUUUAAAAUGAAGCUUGAAGCAUCUUCUCACAUGUUGCUGCAUGUGGUAAUAUAGUGGAACCUCUGAAGUUGAACGCAGUGUAUCUGUUACCGUUUUGUUUGCCGUCAGAAGCAACCAGAAGAAAUCAUAGAAAACGAAUUUAAGAAUGUUGACACUAUCUGAAUGUAGUCAUCAUUUUCAUGGAACUAAGGAAACAUCGCUGAAGGGUUCAAACUGUCCUUGAAUUUGCCACAAGUACUUCAGAGGUAUCGCUGUAUUCUCUCUGACAGUUUUAUUGAAACACGACAUGAUUGAAGGCUUUUUUUAUGAAUAUGAUCGCAUUGUCGUCUGCUUUUCAGAAAAUGUGGCCUUUGCAAUCACAUUUGGAUGAUACUACACACACACACACACACACACAGACACACACAUUGGUAUUUAUAUAGCGCAUUCACGACAGCUGCAGCUGGAACAAAUCGCUUGACAGAACCUUUAACAAAAGAAUAAUACAACAGAACACAUAAUAUCAACUAUGGAAAAAGUGAUGAUAUUUCAACCUAUCAGGAGCGAUAUUUGGUAUAUCAUAAUUGUAGCAAUAUACAAACCAGUACAAAACACGCACAUAUUUGUACACAACUUUUUUUAUUUUAAUUCUCAAGAGCGACUGUGUUGUUCUGACCAUAUUAAAAUACAACCUAUAGGGAGUCUGUAGUCUCACAGCACCAUUGCAGUGUGCGAUCCAGCCCAAGUGUAUAUAUGGCUAUGAGUGUGUGUGGGGGGGGGGGGGGGGGGGGGGGGGGGGUGUCAAUCCUUCUUGCACUUAAGAAUUAGGACACAAAAGAACGUACGUGUGCGUGCGAGCGUGUGAAAGUUUACGUGACGUCAUCUGGCGGCGCAACAGAAGCAUUUAUUAGAGUUGGAAACAACAGUUACAAUCAUGUUUACCUUUCGACUGGAAUGACUUUAAAUGUAAACUGAACAAGCAAACAAACAAAGCAUAACAACAGAGGUUCUAACCACGAGCGUGACAACAAAAUAAUACAAAUCCUACUUUUAACAAGA